GAGCAGGUCGGUUGUUACUCUUACUUCCAGACUAUAAACCAAAGUGACACCACUGUGACAGUGUUCUCUACUGUCUACUUAGCAGCGACGAGGUUAGCACGGCAUUCACAUGACUAAACAGUCUUUGCAGUUUUACCCAUAAACAUCUGAACAUUUGGAAGUACAUCAGUAUGCUCAGCAAACUGCAGAAGUUGGAGCCCAACAUUGAGGCAACAGGCAGCCCAAAGAUGAACACCAAGACGGAAAAGAAAGGAGCAUCUGACGGCACAAACACAGUCAAGGUUGUCCUCUCUAAGGAAGACAUAUCCAGUCAGUACAAUGAUGAACUGAAGAAAGGUGAGGAGGCUGUACAGAAGGGAGACCUGGACUCAGCAGAGAAGCACUUUGCAGCAGCACUCAGGCUUGUACAUGUCAGAGAUCCUAUUGUUCUGCAGUAUGAAAAAGAAGUGCUACCGCUGCACAAGUUGGGCGAUGUCUACUGCAGGCGAGGUCAGCAGACAGGGGAUGGAGGAGACUUUGUCAAGGCGGCAGCACUCUACCAUGCAGCACUGGCCAGGUCAACGGUCCCUGACGAGUCCGUCAGAAAUGCGAUUAAAGAAACAGAAGAGCUGUUUCUUAAACAUGCCUUAAAGAUAGAUAAGAAAGUCAAUUGGCAUGAAACAGAUAAUCACAAGACACAGCUGAAAGAAGUUCGGGAGCAAAUGGAAUCAUCACUUGAUGAGCUUGGUUUCCCAAAUGAUAAUGAUGUAACAGUCAUGGUAGCAUCAAAAUUUUUAGAAAUGAUGUUGUUGACAGGAGUCCCUCCACAAUUUACAAAUGGACAACUUAAGGAAAUUGCAAGAAGACAAAUGCUUGAGCUUGAAGCCAUUUGGGCUGACACAGUAAGGCAGGUGUUUGAGAAAAUUGCUGAAGACAGGAAGACCUUUAUAAAAGAGCUAGUAGAUGAGUGUAUCUCAGUGAUGGGUCCCCCUCCCUGUAAGUAUGCCCUGAUAGGUUUGGGUUCACAGGCCACAGGACUGGUUACUCCAUACUCAGACCUGGAGUUUGCCAUCCUGGUAGAGAAUGAAAGUGAACAAUAUAAGGGUUAUUUGCGUAACCUCAGCCACUAUCUAAAUCUCAAGGUGGUCAACCUGGGAGAAACCAUCCUCCCAGCAUUGGGGAUAAAAAGUCUGAAUGAUUUCUACUCAGACGACCCACUGAAGAACUGGUUCUAUGACUCUGUUACACCACGCGGGUUUGCCUUUGAUGGCUCCAUGCCUAGAGCAAGCAAGACUCCACUGGGCAGGCAGGGCACUUCGACUGAACCACCAAGUGAACUCAUCCGCACACCAACGAACAUGGCUGGAAUCUUACAAAAGGAUGCCAAAGUGUACCUGAAGAAAGGAUAUCACCUUGCUACUGUCUUGAGGAAUGUCUGUCUACUGGCAGGGGAACAGACUUUAGUUGAUGAAUAUGUAGGGAUUGUCAACGAAACACUGAAGGCUGAUGAUGGCACAAUGGCUCAGCAACUAGCAAAGGAGAUGAUCCGAGAGAACUUCGGAAACUUGCAAGACCAACAACCAACUGCAACUCUGUUAGAUGUAAAGAAAGAAAUCUACAGGUUUCCUUCUCUUGCGGUAGACUGUUUGGCACUGAGUUCAAACAUUGUUCCCUCUACCAUUUGGCAGACGAUUGAAGACAUGGAAGCUGAAAGGGUUGUUAGUGCAGAAAACGCUCAUCAACUGAAGGUUCUGGUCAGCAUCUCAGCAGAACUCAGACUGAGGACCUACAUCGCAAAUGGUGGCCAGAAGGAAAACCUGUCAGCCUUGUCGGAAAUGCCAGCAUCACAGCAGAACAGUGAUGAACAAAACAGCAGAUUACAGAAGGUGUUCUACAUUUCAGAUAUAAACCAGCUGCUGAGGUACUACUUCACAGCAAUGCCUUUGAACCACUUCCUCUCAGACGACCCACUUUCCAAGAAGGGCCUGUUGAAAGAAGUAAUACUAUUUGAUAACUCUGCAAGAAUAAAAGGCGAUAUGUACUUCUCUUUGGGCUAUGAUGCAGCAGCUGUCAGAUGCUAUGAAAAUGUAUCAGGGGUGAUAAGAGUCAGAUACCUUUGGAAUUUUGGGUCAGCAUGGCAAAACUUGGGAAAGCAAAAAAAAGCACUUGACUGCUUCAAACAAGCCCUGAAAAUGUCCCGGGAAAUCCAUGCACCAAGUACUGAACAUCCUGAAAUUGCAGUGUCGCUUCUCAGGCUAGGGUGGGCCUAUUAUAAUAUGGCAAAAUAUGGAGAAGCAAUCAGUUACCUAAAGAAAGGACUGGCUAUGUACAGGGAAGUUUAUGGCCAGGACACAGCAAACUCCAUCAUCACUGAGGCACUCAGCCUUCUAGGGUUAUCCUUUGACAGGAUUGGUAACUACCAGGAAGCACUUGACCAUUUGGAAGAAACAUUGAAAGUGAACUUUAAAAUUCAUGGUGACCAGACAGCACAUCGUGAUAUUGCCACAACACAUCACAACAUUGGUCUGGUUUGGAUCAACAAGGGUGAUUAUAAGGAGGCCAUUAGCAAGCUUGAACAGGGCCUGAGGAUGAGGAACACUUUAUUCGGUCAGAAUACAGCCCAUCCUGAUAUCGCUGCUUCCUUGUCUGUAUUGGGUGCAGCCUGGCACGAGAAAGGGGAUCCACGAAAGGCUAUCAACUACAGAGAGUUAGCACUGAAAAUGCACAGGGCAGUCUAUGGUGAGACUGCAAUACAUCCCAAGAUUGCACAAGAACUUGGCAGCCUUGCUGCAUCAUGGAAUUAUUUCAAUCCAAAGCAGGCCGAGAUCUAUGGGCAGCAGGCACAGGGGAUGAGAAAACUCUUGGGUGACGUACAGUUCCAUGAUGCCACUGCUGCUGCACUCAACAACCACGGGUCGUUUUAUUGGGAGCAGGGUGAGAACAGCAAAGCCAUUGCCUACUAUGAAGAAUCGCUGGAGACAUUGAGAAAAGUCUUUGGCGAAAAUACUCCACAUCGAUACAUUGCACUUUCCCUCAAUAACCUGGGGACAGCUUGGAAGAACCUGGGUGAUGCCAGUAAAGCAAUGAGUUCCUUUGAAGAAGCACUGCCAAUGUUCAAAACCAUAUAUAAAGACAAUCCUGCCCAUCCUGACAUUGCAAACAUUCUCAACAACAUGGGGACAGUCUAUAAUGACUUUGGUAAUCACCAAAAGGCACUGAUCUAUAAUGAGGAAUCAGUGGAGAUGUACCAGAGUAUCUUUCUGGGUGAGGCACAUCCUAAGCUUGCUGAUGCACUGAAUAACACGGGAUAUACCUGGCAAUGUUUGGGUGAUUACAGUCAAGCAGUGAACUUCUACAAGCAGGCACUGGAGAUGCAGAAAUAUGUCUAUGGUGAAAACAUGGCAAAUCCCAGAAUUGCCACCACCCUCAGCAACUUGGGAGAAGGCUAUGCUGGCCUGAGAGAUUACCAGAAAGCACUGGAUUUCUAUGAACAGUCACUGCAGAUGUUCCAAACUAUCUAUGACUCAGAUCCAAACAUCGCCUUAACACUUGUAGAGAUGGGGUUUGCCUGGCGUGGACGUGGUAAUUACAAGAAAGUGGUUGAGCACUUUGAACAGGCAUUGGUGUUUUUCCAAACUAUUCAUGGUACAGCACAUCCCGACACUGCCCUCAUGCUUAACUCCCUCGGAACAGCAUGGCGUGGCUUAGGUGAGAACGGAAAGGCUAUCAAAUGCUUUGAAAAGUCCCUGCAGAUGCAAAGAAAUGUGUACGGCCCUAAUGCACAUGAUUUUAGUAUCGCUGACACACUUGGCUGCAUAGCCGUGGCCUGGAAUGCCUUGGGUCAUAAGCGAAAAGCGAGACGGUACUUGAACCAGGCAAAGCAGAUGAAAAACAGACUGGCACGUCAGUAG